CAAAAUAUUAAACUAAACCAAAUGUCGGACGAAGAAGACAUCGGCCUUUCUAAGGAAGAAGAAGCUAAAUGAUGGGAGGCCUUCAGUGCCUUUGAUAAAGAUUCCUCUGGGGAAAUCGAUGCAAAUGAGCUCAGAAUCGUCCUCGAAAUGAUGGGACAGAAAACAACAGAAGAGGAAAUCUUCAGAAUGAUUGCAGAGGCUGAUGCUGAAAAUACUGGCCUAAUUAAGUAUGACCAGUUUAAAAAGGUUAUUGCAGAACAAAAGAAAACUCAAUCUUUGACUAACGAGGAAGAUACCCUUGAUGCUUUUGUCGCUUUGGGUGGUUGACCAGAUAAGAGCGGUGAGAUCGAUGCAAAGAAACUCAUUCAGAUUAUUAAGUAUGAUUUCGAGAUGACAAUCGAUAUUGAAAAAUUGAUCGAAGAUGUAGACGAUGAUAACUCUGGGCAGAUAGAGUAUGACGAAUUUAGGAAUUUACUAUCAUCAAGCGAUUAA